AUGGGAGCAAACAACGGAAAACUCAGCCAGAAAAAAGUCAAAAAGCUGUCAAAGAAAACCGGCUUCACAACCGACGAAAUCGCUACUUGGUACACUGGCUUCAUCUCCGACUGUCCCUCCGGAGAGCUCACAAAAAAGGAAUUUUCAAAAGUCUACGCUGGCUUUUUUCCUCAUGGAGAUUCUCGCGCUUUUUCUGAGUUCAUUUUCAGCGCUUUUGACAGAAAUGGCGACGGGUCAAUUGAGUUCUCGGAGUUUUUAGAGGCUCUAGCGAUUACAUCAAAAGGAAACUUCGAGCAGAAACUUGAGUGGGCCUUCAAUCUUUACGACCUGGACGGCAACGGACAAAUCUCCAAAAACGAAAUGCUCCAAAUCAUCUCGGCCGUUUUCGCCAUGGUCGGGACGCAAGCGAAAGUGAACAUGACUGCGGAGGAGAAGGUGGACCAGAUGUUCAAGGGGAUGGAUGCUGAUGGAAACGAGGAGAUUUCGAAGGAAGAGUUCUUUGCGGGGGCACGAUUGGACAAGACCAUUGUCGAAGCUCUCGGUGGAAUCAUCUAA